AUGGCAGAAUACAAGCCUGGUUUCGGUGGCUAUGCUGACCUCGAAGGCAAUGGUCGACUAGCACCCUUCGCGAUUCGUAACCCAGACAUGCGCGCUUACAUGGCUGAAUUCGUCGGUACUUUUAUCCUCGUGCUGAUCGGUGACGGCUCCGUGGCCCAGUUCGUGCUUAGUAAGAGGGCUGCUGGUGACUAUCUUUCGGUAAAUCUCUGCUGGGGUAUCGCACUUCUCUUCGGGGUUCAUUUCUCGGGUGGUGUUAGCGGUGGUCAUCUCAAUCCUGCAGUCAGUGUGGCCAUGGCAAUAUUCAAGCGCUUCGAGUGGCGCAAAGUUCCGGGCUACAUCAUCGCGCAGACAAUGGGGGCGUUCGCUGCUGCGUUGGUGCUCUUCAUCGUCUACUACCCGUGGCUCGACAUCGUCGACCCCGAGCGCGAAUUCACUCAGGGAAUCUUUGCCACAUACCCAAACCCACAGAUCCCGAACUGGGCUGCGUUCGCUAACGAAGUCAUCGGUACGGCUCUGCUAGUUAGUGGCAUCUUCGCGUUGUGUGACCAAAUCAACAAACCUGCCAGUCCCUACAGUUUCCCCGGUGCUGUGGGUCUACUACUGACAGGCAUCGGUAUGUCGUUCGGCCUCAAUACAGGCUACGCUCUUAACCCCGCUCGCGACUUCGGUCCGCGCCUUCUGACGUUUUUCGGCGGCUGGGGUUGGAAGGUGUUCUCGUCGCACGGUGGGUACUUCUGGAUCCCCAUUUUGGGCCCGUUCAUAGGUGCAGUGCUGGGUGCGGCCAUGUAUGUAGGCCUCGUUGAGCUCCACCACCCGCCCCAGUAG